CAGAAGGUGGGGUUUGCACUCUUAUUGAACUUAUUUACCCUUGACACAGGCAUCUAAGACAACACCAUGUGAUCUCUCAUCUAAUGGACCCCAUCAUUGAAACUCUUUGAAACUAUAAAUAUAGCGUCAUCCUUCACAACCAUCACAAAUCACUCAAGCAAUCAAACUCAGAUACAUACAUCAAGAAAUUCAGCUUUUUUUCUUCAAAACAUUUGAAAUGGGUUUCCUUUUACCUGCUGCUAUUAGAUGGUCUUCACAUCGCAGUAUCAAAACAUCGUCAAAGGUAUCAAACGUGCCCAAGGGCUAUGUUGCGGUGUACGUCGGAGAGGAAAUGAAGCGGUUUGUCAUCCCCAUUUCAUACUUGAACCAACCUUUAUUUCAAAACCUGUUGAGUCAAGCAGAGGAAGAAUUCGGAUAUGAUCAUCCAAUGGGCGGCCUCACAAUUCCUUGCAGAGAAGAUGUUUUCUUGGACAUUACUUCUCAGUUCAAUAGCCUAUAAAUUAUACACUAAAGGGGACUGACAUAGAUUAGCAUAGAAGUUUUGUAAAAUAGUCAUAUCAUUUAGAUUUGAAUAGAAAUUCUUUUUUCCUUUUCCUAUCCUUGGAACGGGUUAGAAUUGUCCGUCUGAAUGACAGAUUCAGAAAGAGAUUAUUUGUUAUUAUUUAUUCCUAAUGAUAAUGACACAAUAUACUCAAAAACUCAAUGGGCUCCUAUCUGCUUCUAAUUUAUCUUAGUUUAAUAAUAUAAUGAUGACACAAGGAUACUACACGCUGUAAGCAAAAUCUAGCUCGAAUGUUCCUGCAAAUUUCUUUAACCUAAUAAAACAUUCACCCAAACUCUAAUAGCUGAUAAGCUAUCUUGUAUCUGAGCUCACAGCAUGUUUACAUGUCUUGAUCUUUCUUCAUCUAGGAAGAGAAAUAUUUAUGCUACAAUAAAUAAGGAAGUUCCUCCAACUAUUCCAACUUCCAUGAGAUCCAAUCAUCAAUUUGUUUGGCACGUGAUAGGACAUUGGGGGCAGGUCAGUAGAAGUGAAAUGAAAAUGAAUAAAGAAACACACCAAUAACUGUGUAUGUUGGCAUUUUUCCUUUGAUGUUUAUCAAAUAUGGUAGAAACGACAAUUGCAAGGUCUUCCUGUGCGCUUAAUCAGCGGCAACCCUUUACUAUAAGCUCCAAGCAGUCUGCACCAUUCAUAAAAGUGUAUAUUAUUAUGUAUAUUCCUAAUCAAAAGAUUAUCAUGAAUUGCCUGCAUUUGGUAUAUUCCUAAUCAAAAGAUUAUCAAAAGUCUAUGAAUAAUCUACAAAAAGAAUAGUAGUAUAACAUUAAUUUCAAGUAUCAAAUAUUACCCCAUCUCAAUAGGAAAUUCUAGACGCUAGAAACUCAUAUCAGUUGAUACAAAAGUCAACAACUCUGAUAGUUUGGCACUUAUUAUUCAUGGCUAUGAUACUUGAGUUAGAAAAAACAGUGGGCAUUAUCGUACUAGUUAAUCAGUCUUAGCAACAACAGAGUUUCAUGAAUUAAGGUUCUACUAGCUAGUUAUUCUUAUAUGCAGAAAACAAACCAUUGGACGGAGCAUUUGCUGCUAGACAUAUUCAAAAGACUGCAAAUAUAUAGAGGACUGUUGACUUAAAAUUGAAUAUUCAGAAUAGCAUAUUUUUGUUACUGGUAGUUGUUGUGGGUCCAAACAUAUACUUAUCUCUUUUGAAGUGUUGUUCAAUUGAUAUCUAUCUUCUCUUCUGGUCAGCAUGAGUAAUGACCGACCAUGCCCUCUAUAUGUGUUCCCUGUAGCCUCCUAAUAUUAAUGAUUUGUAGCCAACUAACAAUUAUGAUACACGCUAACAAGGGAAAUUAUCGGUGGCAUUGAACCGCGUUAUCGAUAUGAAGAGAACAUGUGACAUGUCUGCAAAAAUAUGAGUAGCCAUUUGAGUUCCAAGUGGUAAAUCUGCCAGCCUUUCGUUGAGAAGGUAUGCACUCUAAUGGAACUUGAUGGAAGAGACAUUCAAAGACAACACCAUGUGGAUCUGUCAUCUCAUGGACCCCAUUGUUUAACAAUAAUUAAUUUCUCAACAAAGUGGAUUUGAAGAAACUCUUGAAUGAAGACUAUAAAGAUACACUAGUUUGCUUCAAAUCCAUCACAAAUCACUGACUUACUCAAGCAUCAAAAGAUAGAUACCUUUUUUCUCCUUAAAGUUUGAGAGUUGUUCUUCAAAACAUUUGAAAUGGGUUUCCGUUUACCGGCAGCUAUUAGACGGGCUUCAUUUAGCAAUAGCCAAACAUCAUCAAAAGUGACAAAUGUGCCAAAGGGGUAUCUUGCGGUGUACGUUGGUGAGGAAAUGAAGAGGUUUGUGAUCCCCACAUCAUACUUGAACCAACCUUCAUUUCAAAACUUGUUGAGUGAAGCAGAGGAAGAAUUCGGAUAUGAUCAUCGAAUGGGUGGUCUGACAAUUCCUUGCACGGAACAUGUUUUCUUGCAUAUUACUUCAGGCAUCAAUGGUGUAUAAAUCUGCAAGUGCAAGAGACUAACAUAGAUCAGUAUUGACAUUUUUGUAGAAUAUAGGCAUGUUGUAAAUAUUUUCCUUUUCCCUUUGAUUGGGAAAAUUGUCUAAAUGAAUGAAAUAGAAACACAAUUUGGCAAUCUA